AUGGCAUCCCAAUCCUCUAGCGUCUCAGCCACUUCACAAGAUCAAGGUGAUUCUUCCAACUCAAAAAAAAUUAUGAUCGAGAAGGAGAUUGAACAUGAUCAACCAUCAAAUUCCAAUCCCAACAAGUUUUUUGAUUUCGUGAAGCUAUCGAAAGACGAUUCGGUUCUUAGGUCAGAGGUGCAAGAGCACGAUUUUUUUGGCACUUUUCAAGUCGGUUCCUCGUCUCGUUUUCCUAGUAACAACAAUGAAAGGAAAAACGAGAACAACGAUGAAGAGAAGAAUUCAGAUUCAAAGUCUUUUUCAUGUUGUUUUUGCAAGAGAAAAUUUUCUACUUCGCAAGCCUUAGGAGGACACCAGAAUGCCCAUAAGGCUGAACGUACGUUAGAAAAACAACGUAAACAAAGGUAUGAAAGUGGUGCUUUUGGUUUAGGGCAACCUCACUUUAACCCUUAUUUUAGUUAUCCAAGUACUCUUUUUACACGCCCUUAUUUUAGCGCAAUUGGGACUAGAAUGGAAUCCAUGAUUCAAAAACCACUUUUUAUUAACCCUAGAAUUACUCCACAUAGUUUUAGACCUUUUGGGUAUGGUAAUGGUGGUUUGGGUUUGCAAGAGAUAUUAAACCCUUCUCUUGUUAGUUUGAGAAAUAUGGAGGGCAGUAAUAGUAAUUCUAGGGUUGGAAUUCUAGGUACCGGGGAUGCAACUACUUUAAGGAUUGAAGAUGGUGAAAAUAAUAAAAUUGGUACUAAUCUAAAGUUUGAAGAUUCUUCUACAAAUGUUACAACAAGUUCAAACUCAAACCUAGAAAAGAAAAUUAUUAUGGCUCCCACUUCAACCAAUGAUGAUAUUCAUGAUCAAUCAAAAUCCAACAAUGAAGAAGAACCAUCAGAUAAAUCUCAUGGCCUUGAUUUAUCACUGAAGCUGUAA